AUGUACAUUUUUCUAGGUCUAGUUUUGUCAUCUAUCGGUCUUUUGUGUGUGGAUACUGACAAUGGGACCCCCCUCUUUGAAGACGGUAUCGAUUCUAAAAACCCCCGUGUUGAGGCCCCCAUGUUGAUAACAUGCAAAUCUGAUGCUAAUCGGCGGAGAUGCGCAUUUGGAAUGUGUCUGAACCUGGGUCCUGCAGAACUGUGCCUCAAAUGCACUCCGGGGCUCCUUCUUAUUGAUGGGGCGUGUGUGGAGCAAGAUAGUCAUGAGGUUGGCUCUGCUGGCUGUGAGGUUGACCCAGACUCUUACGCGUGUCUCUCCUGCAGUUCUUCAGGGUACCACGUUUACAGUGGAGGCUGCUUUAGUGCUGCUUCAGGAGUUCUUGAGCUUGUGGAGCCUUCAAGAGAUAGUACACUUACGUGUGAGGAGGUUAUCUCUUUUAAUAUGUUUCAUACUGCUCCUGGCAAGUGCAAGCAGAAACACUGCAACGUUGACUUGGGAGGCAACAAGUACUGCUCACGUUGCUCGGUAAAGUCUGAGUAUCUUGUUGACGGAAAGUGUCUGUCGUCAACGGAUAAUAACGCAUGCACAUCCCAGGACUAUCCAGAUGGUACUUGUAAGUUAUGUGGAAAUGGGUACUUCCUUUACAAGGGUGGAUGCUAUUCAAUCACUCACGGCGCGCCAGGAAAUCUUAUAUGCAAAGAAGUAGACACUAUCCCCGGUGUUUGUAAGCUUUGUCAAGAUGGCUUCUUUCGUCUCCCUGAGCCCGCAGCCAAUAGGCAGUCCUGCAUGCUUUGCAACGACACUUCUGAAUAUGAAUACGAUGAUCUUGAUUCCUACUAUGAGGUGAGAACGUUUGCUGGGGUAGAGGGUUGUGCAAAGUGUUCCUUUAAAGAAGAGGUAACGAUCUUACUCAACAAGCCAGUGUGUGAGGCGUGUCACCCAGACUACUAUCUAUUGUCGAGAGGAGACUCAGCCAUGUGCCUCUCCAGCCAAGAGUGUACGUCAUCACAUUUCCGAAAGACAGUUGAUGAAGUCAAUCUGUGUAUAUUCUGCGGUGACGCAUCUCGCGGGGGCCUAGAUGGGUGUUCUAGGUGCACCUACACUGCAAACACAGGAGCAAUUACCUGCGAGAGUUGUUUUUUAUAUUAUUAUAAGAAGGUAGACAAUGGAGUGCUCAGUUGCGUACCACUUGACGAAUGCACCGCUCCGUACUAUCCGAAAGACAGUGAAGAUCCUGGCGAUCUAUGGGACAAACAGUGUUUACUUUGCAGCGAUACUAACAACAAUGGAAUUCAGGAUUGCACGGCUUGCACAUAUACCUCAACUGGGUUGAAAUGCACAGCCUGUAGCGGUACAAAGAGACCGAAUGCUGCUGGGUCAACGUGCUAUGAUUGUAACAUUGCAAACUGCGAAGAGUGUUCAUCUGACACGGUAUGUUCGCGCUGCGCAGCGGGAUAUAUCAUUUCUUCAAGUGCUUGCGUAGCUGAUCCUGACCCGUGCUCUGUUGCUGGUUGCAAGACCUGCGUGUCUGGUAAUAGGCAACUGUGCUUAGUCUGUCACGACGGAUUCUACAAAGAUGGGACGACCUGUAGGAAGUGCGCCGCCGGGUGCACAGUUUGCUCAGGUGCAGGUGCACAGUGUACCUCGUGCGAACAGGACCGUUUCCUUCUUAGGUCCGAAUCUUCUAGUUCUGGAAGCUGCGUCGUUGCUUGUGGAGAUGGGCACUUCGAGGACACUACCCUGAAGGUCUGCACAAGAUGCUCAGAUGCUCACUGCAAACGAUGUGCAGGACCAGGCGUUUGUACUCGCUGCCAGGAUGAUAUGUAUCUGAAGCUCACAUCCUCUUCGAUAGAGUGUGUGAGCAGUCAUCAUUGUUAUACAGGGAGCUUUCCACAGGAAAACCCCGACACAGGAAACAAAUGUGUCCCAUGUGGGGACAAUCUUGUUGGAAUUUCUAAUUGUAUAGAGUGCACGCUCGACGGUGGUCUCCUUUCUUGCCUCAAGUGCAAGAGCGGCAGCUUCCUUGAUCUCUUCAGGCGGACAUGCAUCACACAAUGUCCUCAGAACUCUAGCCCGAAAGAAGAGAAUAGGGCCAUGGCGUGCAUGUGUGAAGAUAGCUAUGCGCCUAGCAAUGACGGAACCCUUUGCGAGCCAACCAAACCUUGUCCUCAGUACCAAGGAUGCGCAAUGUGUGAUUCUCUGGACAGAUGUGUCCGCUGUGUGGAUCCUUUGGAUAAUAUACAACUAGAUAGCACAACGUGCCAAAGGAGCUGCCCAUCGGGAGCAGCCGUCAGACGAGGAAAGUGUCACUGCAUGGGAGGGCAGGUUCCCAGCGGGAAUACCUGCGUCGACCCACCAAAGAAGAGUGUUAGCAAAAUGUCGACAGGAAUGAUAGCUGGGAUUUCUGUCGCAUCAGUGGCCAUUGUUGCGGUUAUCAUCGGCUGUCUGGUCUGGUUCCUUCUCAGAAGGAAAAACAGUGGCUCCUUAAACCGUGAGCCCUCGCUGUUCCGUCCUUUAAGUAGUUAA